AUGACUUCGCGACGAAUCGCCGCAGCUGGCGAUGAUGACACAGCCCUGACGACAAUUCCAUCCUCGCCAAAGGAGGUCCAACAACCUCCGCGCACCUUUCGCGACGUGGUCCCCCGCCAGGCGCAGUUCCCUAUCGCUGUUGCGACAAGCUUCGCGAUGGCUUCGCUUGGAUACAGCUUGCUGGGCGAGCUUACCAAUGGCGAGCUUGCUGCUCUGAGCCGAAGCCAGGAUACUUGGGCAGAGGUUUCGCUUCUUGCCGGAUGGAGAGUGAUUGAAUUGACAUUGGGAUGGUAUGGCAAGCUUGACAGCCUGGAUGCUGCGAUGCUGAAUCUUCUCGCCCAUGGCCCUCACUACUACCUCCUCUCAACCUUUUAUGAACUCAACUGGACUAUUUCGGCUUCGGCUCUUGCUAUUGAUAUUCUCUCAAUCGCUGUGCCUUUCUUCCUGCUUCGCCCGCUCUCUACUAUCCAUACACCUUCGGCUGCUGCUGCUGCAGGUCUGCCCAACCGCGAGCUUCUCGAUCUUCCUCUCCAGACGUACACGGCCGCUCUAUCAACGGGCAUCUACACCGUUGUCCUCGUCCUGUCGCUUCGAUUCAUUCUGCCUCGUAUUCUGGUUGUCAACUACUCAGGAGUGCCAACAUUGGAGCCCGCCUACAAUGCUUCAUAUGCUGCCAUUCUCCCCGUGACGACUCUUUUCGGCAUCGCCGCCAGCACUUUCAUCUUUGCGCCUUUCGCCACGACCGCACGUGCCCAAGAGGACGACAAGCUUAACGAGUUUGAUCCCGUGGCUGCAUCUCUCCGGGAGACCGUCUGGUGGAAUGUGUGGGGUUACACUGUCAAGACCAAGGUUGUUAUCCGUCGAACAAUCGUCGUUGCCCUUGUCACCGCGGUAAACACGUUCCUCACCUCGUCCAAGACCCUGUAUCGUGUCGAUGCCUCUGGAGCUGCCGUGUAUGCGGGCGUCUGGGCAUUUGCUGCCAUCUGCAGCGGUAUUGGUCUGGGUUUCGUGGGCGGAGAUUAA